AUGUUUUUUGCAGCAGAUAUCUACUAUCACAGCUAUCGUUGUAAAGACUACUUCAACAAGUACAACUUGAAAAUUGCAGAAAUCAUGAAAAAUCUCGAGGCUGAGGAAUCCGUGGUAGCAGGCAACGAACAUCUGAAGGAAAGGUUUCUGGCACUAGAACUUGAUUUUCAGAACACGGCAUACAGUCUUUCUUUCAUCAGAGAAAAGCUAAAUGAAAAUUCAACUUUUAGUUCUACAGUUACCAACAGAACUGUCAAGCAACUAAUAAUCGAUUUAUACGGCGGUGAUAUCUGCUUUACUUAUCCAAGCAAUGAACAGAUAUCUCGGAUGGUUUUUUCGACAGGACGUGAUCCACAAAGUUUGGUAGAAGCGAUGCGAGUGUCAUCUGUCUAG